CACCAUAGGAGAUUUAUGCAAGUAAAAACAAGAAACCCUAGUUGUUGAAGCAUGCAGCUUAGUUAUAUCUGGAUUCUGGACUAUAAGAAUGAUGAAAGGAAGUUGGGCUCAUUCAUUUCUUCACAAUCUAAAUGCAGAUUGACAAUGACCCAGAGGCCGAUCUGACUGGUAGAUUGCCGGUGGAUAUUCUUUCUUCUAUAAUAUCAUUAAACUCAUUGAGGGAGGCUGCCACUACUAGUAUCCUUUCAAAAAGAUGGAGAUACAUUUGGAGGACCUCUUCUAAUCUUGACCUAGAUGCCAAAAACAUGCUUGGACAUUUUUUAUACUCGGACCAUUUCAAAAGGCAGCCUACUCUGUGGAAACAGAAGCAAAAGGGAAGAUUUGUUAGAUGGGCCAAUCAUAUUCUAGAACUCUAUGUCGGCAAAAACGUAGAUUCCUUCAAGGUUGAGUAUCCGUUGGGUAGUGAUCAUGGUUGCGACGUUGAUCGAUGGAUUCAAUUUGCAAUUGAUAUGCAAGUUCAAAAGCUUGACAUCAACCUGUUAGACGAUCAUUUGUCAGACUUGUAUCAUGAGCUCUAUAAAUUUCCAUAUUGGCUAUUUGCUCUAGCAGGGAAACGGCCAAAGAUAAAACAUUUGUCUUUGAAUUUUUGCAGCCUGAGUAUUCCAGAAAAUUACAAUGGCUUGAACUCCCUUUCAUCCCUCGCAUUGAAAAAGACAAGUUUAAAUCAAGAGGAUGUGGAUAACAUUUUGUCUAGUUGCCCAUCUUUAGAAUGGUUUAGUAUAAGCGAAUGCCGUUGUCCAUUUCGUUUAAAAUUAUCUAGUGGAUGUCGGUUUCUCAGGCUGAGGCACUUGAGGAUAUUUCGUUGCGAGCCUUUAGAAAGAGUUGAAAUUCAUGAUGCCAUAGGUAUUGCAUCAAUUGAGUAUGACGCAAAGAUGUUUGGGCAGGUCUUGUUAAAGAACAUUGCAGAACCUGUUAGACUAUGUGUGACUUUGCAGUCUAAUCGUAGAACUUUGCAGUCUGAUCGUAGAACUUUGCAGCCUGAUCCUAGAACUCAAAUAACAUAUGUCCUUAGCACACUUGCAAAAGACUUUCCUCUAGUUGAAACUUUAUUAGUGUCCACUCCAUUUGUCCAGGUUGAUUUAAUACCUAAGCCCUUAACCACAUUUACUAGACUCAAGCAAUUGAAGCUAUUAGGUGUAAGAUUUAGAAAAAUCUUGCUGGACCUGACCUCUGCUUUUUUGGAGGCGGCUCCAUCAUUGGUUGAACUUGAGAUGGAUGUUUGCAGCUUGAUGCUUCUGAUUGUAAUGAUUUGUGGACGCCUUUGGUGGCGAGAAAAAAUUUCAUUUAGUGAAUUGGAACAAGAUCUGUACGCCUUUGUAUGCAGGUGGGUUAGGAGUUCACAAUCUCAUCCAGUUCAAUCGAGCGCUCCUGGGUAAAUGGUUGUGGAGAUAUGGUAGGGAGAGAGAGGCUUUAUGGCGGUUGGUGAUUGAUGCCAAAUUCCAGAGUCUAGAGGGUGGGUGGUGCUCGAAAGAGGUUUCGGGUUCUUUCGGAGUGGGUGUAUGGAAACAUAUAAGGAGGGGGUGGGAGAAAUUCCGCAACUUCGUUCGUUUUGAAGUGGGGAGUGGAUCAAAUAUUAGCUUUUGGAAAGAUUGGUGGUGUGGGGAUGGUUCCUUGAAGCAAUGCUUUCCAACUCUUUUUUCUAUAGUAAGGAACAAAGACGCGUUGGUGGCGGAUAAUUUGGUGGUUCAUAAUGGUGUAAUUCAGUGGAAUGUUCUUUUUACGAGACAAAUCCAGGAUUGGGAGAUGGACAUGGUCCUUUCUUUCUUCGAUCGAUUAUAUUCCACUUCGACUCGUCAAGGAGAGAGUGACAGAUUAGUGUGGAAUCCCUCCAAAAAAGGUUUAUUUGAGGUGAGAUCCUUCUACGAUGAGCUCAUUAAGGAAGAUGGCCCUUAUUUUCCUUGGAAGAAUAUUUGGCGUGUUAAGGCUCCAACAAGGGUGGCUUUCUUCGUUUGGUCAGCGGCUUUGGGCAAAAUAUUGACGCACGAUAACUUGCGUAAGAGGAAUGUAAUAGUAAUGGAGUGGUGUUGUUUAUGCAAGAAGAGUGGGGAGUCUAUAGAUCACUUGUUACUUCAUUGCGAGGUCGCCCAGGCUCUUUGGAGCUACGUUCUUAUUUUAUUUGGGGUUGAGUGGGUUAUGCCUCGAACGGUGUUGGAAUUGUUAAAGAGUUGGGGAGCGGCAAUGGGGAGUGGUCAAGCUACAGAGGCUUGGCGUUUAGCUCCUUUGUGCUUGCUUUGGUGUAUUUGGAGGGAGCGGAAUGCUCGUCUGUUUGAAGAUGUAGAGACAUCUAUGGUGGAGCUUCGGAAGCGGCUGAUCGAUACUUUAUAUUUUUGGAUAGUGCCACACCAUAGUUUGAGUGUAUUUACUUAUGUAGAUUUCUUAAAUUUAUUUUCUGUUCGACCCUGUUAGGGGCUUUCUUGUAUACCUCCCGUGUAUAAGGGUUGCGCCCCUCUGCGCUUUUUAAUAAAUUGCUAUUACUUAUCAAAAAAAAUGAUUUGUGGACGCCUUUUUUGUUUUUUUGUUUUUUUGUUUUUUUUUUGUGAUUAAUUC